ACAAAAGUUCUAACUCCUAAGAACAUCCACUUCUCCCUCGUUCAAACCAGGUGAGAGAGAGCAGAGGUCAACCAUGGAUGCCCUCCCGUCCUCCUCCACCCUGAUAGGCACAGGUAUUCGAUCCUCAAUCUUAGCUCCAAGACCUAAUGAGCACACGGUAGUAAGCCUAAGGCCCUCAGCCUUUGUGUCACCCUCCUCUCACUUAGCUUCUACAGCUUCUUCUUUCCACACCAAGCCCUCCUCUGCCACCAGAGCAGCUCAACAACCGGUGAACAAUUUCCCUCAAUCUUCCUCUCAAUAUUUCUUACCAAGUGCUCGCGGAAUCCACUGCCAUAGAGCUGCCACCGGCUAUGCCGCUGCCCUCGUCGAUAUUGCUCAACUGGACAAUGCAAUUGACAGGUUUGCAGAUGAUGUUUCCAGGCUCAGAGGCCUGCUUAGAAGCAGUGGACUGCAUGCCAUCUUGGUCGAUCCCUCCAUUGAAGGCCCGGCGAAGAAAGGUUUGGUGAGAGCGGUCGCCGGUCUCUCAGAUCUUCACAAGCGUCUAGUCUUCUUCUUAAACAUGAUAAUUGACAAGGGCAAGGUCGGUUUGGUGGGGGAAAUUCUGAAGGAGUUUGAGAAGAUUUAUGAUGAACUGAGUGGCACCAUGGUUGUAAUGGUUGCAUCAAGGAAGAAACUGGAGGAGGAGGAGGCUCUAAAGAUAGCACAAAUGGUGCAGAGGAGGAAUGGUGCAAAGAAGGUCAAGGUAAAGAAUGUAGUAAAUGAGAUGCUCCAUGAAGCUUAUGCCGUCAACUAGGGACCUAUAAAGGAUUUAUGGCUACACAAUAAGCAUUGGGGUUCCGCAACCACAAUGAUGGUCUUCAUCAAAUUGGAGUAGCUAAAAACACUUGUUUUCGAUUUUGAUCAAGUCAUGAUGCACGACUGCACGAGUGUUCAUGUAUGAAAUGCUUACCAGAUUGAGCUUUCUUAUUCGAUUUAUCCUUUUAUGCACAGUUAGUGUUACAUUAUUACAGGAAAGUUUGAUCAGGCACAUGAUGAUCAAGUUCUAAUUUUAUUGUCUUCCAUUUGAUGUUUCUUUAA